AUGUUCCAUUCAAGAGCCAGAGCGAUCAAUCAAGCACAAGCAAACCUUCUUCGCCAUUGCAGCAAUCCCAUACAAGCCCAACAGCCAUACCACACUUUCCGUCCCAACAAACCCAAGACCAAGCCCCGCCGCGAACGACUUCACAGAGACACCACAAAGCUUCGCAGGCCCAUCCCUUUCGUCUCCGAUGUCAAAGAAGUUGAAGACCCAGAAGAAGGCUUGUCUCUCUUCUACGAGUACCACCAAAUGGGCUUCAAGCACGACUACCCUUCUUACUCUGCUCUUCUCUACAAGCUCGCUCGUUCUCGAAACUUUGAAGCCGUCGAGACCAUUCUCGGCCAUGUACGAGAUCGAAACAUUCAUUGCAAAGAUACACUUUUCAUUGCUCUGAUUCAACAUUAUGGGAAGGCCAAUUUGGUAGAGAAAGCCAUUGAGCUUUUUAACCAGAUGCCUUCUUUUAAUUGCGUCCGUACAUUGCAGGCCUUCAAUGCCCUCCUUAAUGUGCUUGUUGAUAGCGGUAGGUUUGUGGAAGCGGAUGAGAAUUUUGGUCGGUGUUCUAAAAUGGGUUUUCGGCCGAAUUCGAUUUCGUAUAAUAUUAUGAUGAAGGGGUGGCUUCAAAAGGGUGACGGGGAAGAAGCUUGCAAGGUGUUUGAUGAAAUGCUUGAGAAAAAAGUGCAACCUAGUGUUGUGACGUAUAAUAGUCUUAUAGGGUUUUUUGGUAGGAAGGGUGAGUUGGAGAAAGCUAAUGGUUUGCUUGAGGACAUGAAACAGAAAGGGACGUACCCAAAUGCUGUAACAUAUGCAUUGUUGAUGGAAGGUUUCUGCAUGCUAGGAAAGCAUGAGGAAGCAAAGAAGAUGAUGUUUGAUAUGGAGUAUCGGGGUUGUAAACCACGGCUUCUGAAUUAUGGUGUUUUGAUGAGUGAUCUUGGAAGGAGAGGAAAGAUUGAUGAGGCAAAAUCUUUACUUCAAGAGAUGAAGAAAAGGCGGUUUAAGCCAGAUGUAGUGCUGUAUAACAUAUUGAUUAACUUUCUGUGCAAGGAAGGUAGGGCUGCAGAGGCUUAUAAAGUCUUGAUUGAAAUGCAAGUUGGAGGCUGUGUGCCGAAUGCAGCUACAUACAGGAUGAUGGUUGACGGGUUUUGUCAGAUUGAAGAUUUUGAGGGAGGUUUGAAGGUUUUGAUUGCAAUGUUGACAAGUAGACAUUGUCCUCGUUUAGAAACAUUUGAAUGUUUGGUUACGGGUCUAGUAAAGUGUGGGAAAAUUGAUGAUGCUUGUGUUGUCUUGGAGGAGAUGGAAAAGAGAAAUAUGCAAUUUUGUUUUGAAGCUUGGGAAGCUCUAGUUGUGGAUGCUUGUGGUGAGAAUGUUGUUGCAGGGGAGGUUGUGACUGAACUAAUCUCUGUCCAUUAA